GACUGGUCAGAUAAUAUACUGAUUUGUGUUAAGGUUCGAGCCGAUCGUGUUUCUCAACGUCUAAUCGCCUUGCGAAAACUGCUACUCCUCUCACAGAAAGCUAUCGAAGCUCAUAACGCCAUGACCAAUUCGAUAUCGCUGAUCGAGUCUGAGUUGGACGAAUUGACACGUUUCUCUCAACUCCAUGAUCAGUGCCUGGAAAGCGGCGAUUUCAAUCUGAUCGAGAAAAGUCGAGCAGUUUUCGAAGAACGAAAAUACACGGUUCAGGAACUGAUGCGUAAAGCGAAAGCUGGUGAUAUGAAAACACUGAUUUCUGAGUGGGAAAAGAAGGUGUCAAACAUUAUCGAAUCGAUGAAUGGCAGUUGUGAUUCGGCCAAAGACAUGCGCCUUAUCCUUUCACAGCAUAUUUUCGAGCAUCGCGCCGAGAAGAACGUAAGUUGGGGCACUCUCAUGAGAUAG